AUUCUGAAAACUGUCCUCGUUGAUACAAUCGAGGUUAUUUAUUCAUUGUCAAAAAUUUACGAAGUCCAAAAUGACGUUCCGAUAUUUUGUUUUCAAGGCUCUAUGUGUAACACUAUGCCUUGUCACAUCGCUCAGUGCUAGUGAUGAGACGGCCCGGGAUUACUUUGAACAUGUUUUAAGAAUUCCAAACGCCGAUCGAGUAUUGAAUUCUGUGCUUGGCAAACUAGAGAGAAAUAGGCAGCAAGCUCUAUCGAAACCAAGAUCAUCCGAGCAAGAGGAUUGUGAUGAGCCUACUGAGAUACUUUCAGAGUAUACUGAAUCAAUCGGAUCCAGAGAACGUGAUUUACGGCAGUUAGGAGUCCAGAAACAUUAUCCUAUCUGCCAUUUGGAGAGGAAAAUAAGGAAACUGAAUACGAACGAGUAUGAAUACCGACCAGCUUAUUAUGAGGAGGUGCGAUGUGUCGUGUCAUCUAAUGACGAAAUUGGAGCUACCAACGAGAUAUGUUCAAGUCUUGGAUUUUCGUGCGUACAAUGGAACAAGACUAUUCACUUAACACGAAGAAGAUAUUCCAGUGAUUGUUGGGAAACACGCACCAUGGUGAUCCCGGCGGGCUGCGAAUGCAUGUGGCCGGUACACAGACUCGGCGACAUAAAGUUACACGUAUAAAUAUAAAUUAUCGAACGGGAAAACAAUAAUAAAAGGCCAUUGUAUAACUUUUAAUCAUUUAUGAUAUAAAGAAAUUAUGCAUCACAUUCAUGUGAAAGAUAUUGACUAGUUUAAAAAAUCUUCCGCUUAUUGGACAAAGGUUAAGAUAAAGAUCUUUGUUUAUGAUAUAUUUUAAAUAUUGGUUUUAUAGGAGUGUACUCCAUUUUAUUAUAUUAUAAAAUAUCGGCCGUAAUGCAUGAGGUUGUGUAGUGUCGAUAAAAAUAGCAUAAGGAAAAUCUGUAAUGGAAUUAUAACAAUAAGACAAAUUACAAAUUAAUUAUA